AAGUUUCUCUGAACGGUAAUCAUUCCCCAUUUUCUAGAGAGAGAGAAAAAAGAAAAAAGAAAAACCCUUUUAUUAGCGUAAACUCUCCGACGAAGAACAACACAGGAAACGGAAAAAGCUUCGCAAAAUCAAUUCAAUGGCUAACAGCAAUUUACCGCGUCGGAUCAUUAAGGAAACGCAGCGUCUUCUGAGCGAACCAGCACCAGGAAUAAGUGCAUCUCCGUCAGAAGAAAAUAUGCGGUAUUUCAAUGUUAUGAUUCUUGGUCCAACACAGUCCCCUUAUGAAGGCGGUGUUUUUAAGCUGGAGUUGUUUUUACCUGAGGAAUACCCAAUGGCUGCUCCAAAGGUUCGCUUCCUCACUAAAAUCUACCACCCGAACAUCGACAAGCUUGGAAGAAUAUGCCUAGAUAUUCUCAAGGACAAAUGGAGUCCUGCUCUUCAAAUUAGAACCGUACUUUUGAGCAUUCAAGCACUUCUUAGUGCUCCAAAUCCCGACGACCCACUUUCUGAAAACAUCGCCAAACAUUGGAAAUCAAACGAGGCUGAAGCUGUUGAAACAGCUAAAGAGUGGACGCGUUUAUACGCAAGUGGUGCGUGAAAUUACGUGGAAAUUCGGGGUUUCGUUCGGUAACUAAAAAAAUUGUAUUUGCAUCUCGUUUAAAUGAAAUAUUCGGAAGAAUGAUGGUCAAGACCAUUGGAAUUUACUGUACUACUAAGCAUUACUACUUGUUUUCGUGUUUUGAACUGUCUUUGGAAAAUGUGCAUUAAUAUAAAGGCACUUACUGGUAUAAAACUGUCGAUUAUUGCUA